AUGGAACUGGAAGUAGACAAUAUCAUCGAGCGCCUGCUCGAAGUGCAAAGCAAUAGGCCGCUGCGUAGCGUGCAGCUGAGCGAGGAGGAGAUCCGCAGUCUCUGCCUCAAGAGCCGCGAGAUCUUUCUGUCGGAGUCGGUGCUCCUGGAGUUGGAAGCACCUAUCAAAAUCUGCGGAGACAUUCAUGGGCAGUACUAUGAUCUGCUGCGCCUUUUCGAGUACGGCGGCUUCCCGCCUACCGCGAACUACCUCUUCCUUGGGGACUACGUCGACCGAGGAAAGCAGUCGCUGGAGACCAUCUGCCUGCUCCUAGCGUACAAGAUCAAGUACCCUGAGAACUUUUUCUUGUUGCGCGGUAACCAUGAGUGUGCGUCCAUCAACCGCAUCUACGGAUUUUACGACGAGUGCAAGCGCCGCUACAGCGUGAAGCUUUGGAAGGUGUUCACGGACUGCUUCAACUGCCUGCCUGUGGCUGCGAUCAUUGACGAUAAGAUACUUUGCAUGCACGGCGGUCUCUCGCCGGAGCUGAACUCCAUGGACCAGAUCCGGCAGAUUGCGCGACCAACUGACGUGCCGGACACCGGCCUUCUCUGCGACCUUCUUUGGAGUGAUCCGGACACGAACACCACGGGGUGGGGAGAAAAUGACCGAGGAGUUUCGUUCACGUUCGGCUCCGACAUCGUGGUCAACUUUUUGAUCAAGCACGAACUCGACCUCAUCUGCCGCGCCCAUCAGGUGGUGGAGGACGGUUACGAAUUUUUUUCCAAGCGACGUCUGGUCACGCUUUUUAGUGCCCCGAAUUAUUGCGGGGAGUUCGACAACGCGGGCGCCAUGAUGAGCGUCGACAAGACGCUCAUGUGCUCUUUCCAGAUUCUGAGACCCAUGGACCGGAAGCGAUCAAAAUAA